AUGUGUAGACUUGUCGUUGAUGCUAUCAAGGCAGGUAAUGAGGAGGUCAUCGAAGACGUCAAGAGAAUUGCUGUGUACUCGGAUAAGCUGCCUGAAACCCCUGAGGAUUUCUGCAACCAGAUCUUCCACACUGUUUAUAUGGGGAUGGAGAAGCAGAGCAGCAAGGAGACUCGACAGCGCGCCAAGGACCUUGCCGAGCGUAUCGGUAGUUACCACACUGACAUGAACAUUGACGAUACCUUCCACGCUACCAAGAACUUGCUCACUCAAGGCACGGGAUUCGAGCCUAAAUUCAAGGUUCAUGGUGGAUCAGCGACCGAAAACUUGGCCCUUCAGAAUAUCCAGGCACGCAGCCGCAUGGUCAUCGCCUAUUACUACGCUCAGAUGCUACCAACAGUUCGGCAGCGACCAGGAGGAGGAAGCCUGCUUGUUCUAGGAUCCAGCAAUGUUGACGAAUGUCUCCGAGGAUACCUCACAAAGUACGAUUGCAGUAGUGCGGAUUUGAACCCUCUAGGUGCUAUUAGCAAAAGGGAUCUCAAGAGUUUCAUUUCAUGGGCGGCCAAGAACUUCGACAUGCCGAUUUUGGAAGAGUUUAUUCAUGCUACACCCACGGCUGAGCUAGAGCCUAUCACCGAAAACUAUGUUCAGUCAGACGAGAUUGAUAUGGGCAUGACCUAUGACGAACUAUCUCGUUUUGGAGUAAGUGAACCAGCUACGGACCAAAGCCAGUAUUGCGAUGAAACUGACACCUUGUUGCAGAGACUACGUAAGGAGAGUAAGUUAGGACCUUACGGCAUGUUCCUACGACUUGUCGAAGAAUGGGGCGGAGAGGGCAAACUGAGCCCACGAGAAAUCGCCACCAAGGUGAAGCGUUUCUACCAUUUCCAUUACAUCAACCGCCACAAACAAGCUGUGGCAACACCAGCUGUUCAUGUGGAAGAUUACUCGCCCGACGACCACAGAUUUGACCUUCGCCCUUUGUUCUACCCACCUGCCUUCCAAGGCUGGUCGUUCCAAAAGAUUGACAAGCGGGUGGAGGCUAUUGAGAAGGCUUUAGAGAAGAAGCAGAAGAAGGCUGAAGGCGGUUUGCAAUAGAGAAUAUAGAUUAGAACCUUGGGAGUUAAUUGAACAGCUGUACGAGA